AUGGACCAAAACGAUAGCUUGGCCAGACUCCAAGGUCUCCAGGCCGAUCUUGUCGCUUUCUCCGAAUCUCGCCUACCUAAUGUUGACCGCUUGUGGUCUGAGUUGGAAGAUAGCCUUGCCGACUUUCGCAAAUUGCUGGACCGUCAGAACAAGAACGACAAAAGUCGACAGGCACUUAAGGCUGAUACCAUCACCGUGGAUGAGACUCAGUAUGCUAUCAAUGAAGAUUGGCGACAGGAGGUCAUCCAAGUCGCAGACGAACUGGAUUUGGAUGAGCUGGAUGCAGCAAAACUGAACCUCCAGUCGGAAAACACAGCGCAAGAGCUUGGGAGACCUACAUCAAUGGCUGCUAUAUUCCGCUUCCACGGCCAUCGAGAAACCUUGCUCGAAUGUCUGCGAUUGACUAUCCAACAAGCCGUCGAUUGCGAGAACAAAGACGACCGCGACAAGUUCGAGGCUUGUGUCGAUUACAUCACCGAGAAGCCCGACGCAACUUUCUGGCGUAAGUGUGUCGAUGCUAUGGCCACAGUCGAGCAAAGGUUGCAGAAUCUCCAGGACCGCCUGAACCAGAUUGCCAUGAUCGGCCAGACCGCACACGGAUACGCAUCGGAGACGCUACAGUUCGAGAAGCAGAGUUUGACUAAACAACACGAGUCUCUGGGAGCCAUCAUCUCGUAUUUGGUUAGAUUCAAAGUCGGCAUUGUGACCGUCGACGAUUACCGAUACCUUUUGAACAAAGCUGCUCAGCUAGGCAACCCUGACGAUGUCACUCUACACUAUCUGCCUGCUCUAAUUAGCUGUGCUUCUGAACUCGGACCCAUCGAUAGAGCCGCUAGUCUGAGGGACGCUCGUGGUCUGGACCUAUACUUCGCAGACAAGUCUGACAAUUCGAAAUGGAAGUUGCCUGAUUUCCGUGCGGCUGCAAGUGUCUUCUGGCUGGCCGAAUACAGCGGUCGAUACAUCGACAAUCCUGUAGGCUCGCCUCUCAGAGGUGUGGACCUUGAAGCCGAGACAGAGGCACGUUCUCAACGCUACUUAGACGCUGUCCGCAAUGGCGCUUUCGAGUUCAUUCUGUUCAUCUGCGCUCAAGUACGAGCGGACCUGUGGCAUGACCCAGCAAAGGUCGGACUGGUUACAUAUCUAUUGGCUGGAGCAGAACGUUUCAGAAACGGCCCAAUCAAGGCUUCUGACUACUUCCAGGAAAUCCUUGCCCAAAAUCUGCAGACAUUCGUCGAGGCCUUUAUCACGAAUAUGCCUGACACUAUUCGUAGACUGAAGUUCGAGGAAGAUGAGCAGCGCCGUAAUAUCAGCAUUCGCCAACCCCACGGCAUCCCUGAACAUGGUCUACAUCUCGAGAGAUUCCUGGUCAUCAUUUCGUACGCUUAUAAAGGCUUUCCCGAGGCUGCUCAAACGUUCUGGCAAGAUCCCGACGGCAACCUUUACGGCUUCCUCCAAUGGGCCUCGAAGCGACAAUCUACUCCCCGAGCCGCCGCUUUCUGCGAGAUGUUCCUGUCUAUUUCCGAAGACGCUGAGUGCGCCGAAGCUGCCCACAAAUUCCUCAUGGACGACGCAACUACAGCGAUACACAAGCUUCGCCGUGGAGCUCCCCUGAGUUGGGCGCAAAUUUUCAACGAGUUGAGCUUCUAUGCUCCCGGUGUCAGCGAGAAGCUCACAUCAAAUUCAUUGCAAGGCGAUAGUGCCUUGGCGGGACCCCUCAUCGAACCAGAGAGUGAACUCAUGCUCGAGUGUUACCUGCGUCUUGUCACGCACAUGUGUCGCUCGAGUGUAAGCGCGAGGACCUUUGUAUUGUCUCAUCCUGUGUUCAAUUUACAUGAGAUUGUACUGAACCUUGCGGUCUCUGGUGUUUCUAACCGUCUGAAAGCCUGCACAUUUAUGGCUAUAGUCGCUAGUUUGACAGACAAGAGCGUCGAGGCUGGAUACGCGCUCUGGGACUACGUCGAUUCAUGGAUGUAUGAUUCGCCCAGCUUAAGGAACUAUCUCGGCACAAAGACACCUCAGAAUCCUACGGUCGCAAAGGAGGGCCGUUUCCAGUCUUUACUCGAGGGAUUCGAGCUGCCGAAUGCAUUCACCAGACUGAUUCAGAGCAUGGUCCUGCCUAGUCCGGAGGAGAGUAGUUUGCGCGACAUGCUGCCAUUCCCAGAGCAACUUGGCGCUGCAUAUCGCAUGCCUGGCAUGGAGCCAUACAUCGACUUCAUCAUGGGAAGUGUCUUCCAGGAAAGGAUGGCUGAUCUUCCCGAUGUGAACCAGAUCUGGGAACUGAGAUGUACUUGCCUUGCCUUUAUCUCGACAUGUCUCUCCACCUUCAACGAAGACCUCGUCAUCUUUGCAAACAGCACUAACAUACCUGUUGAUUCGAUCAUCUCUACCUCUUCCCUGGCCGCUUACGUUAGAUUCCACCCCUUCGCUCGUGUCAUGGAGUGGUUGUUCAACGACAAAGUCACGGGUGCACUUUUCGCCGCAGCUCAUGAAGAUGUUGACACGAUCAGCGCCGCCUCUCCAGAUUCACCCAUGGUUGUCGCUUUGUGUCGAAGUAUCGAAGUGAUCAACCAAGUCCUGAAGCUCCAGUCCAUCUAUUUCGAUGUUGUUCGACCUAUUGUCAAAACUCAAUACGUCGGACGUGAAAAGGCCAUCGCGAAUCCUGCCCUAGCCUCUUUUGAGGACGUCAUCUUGAAUCAUGUCAACAUCAUUGUCGACCUUGGCCUAUACUGCGGAACUGGUCACCAGGAAUUGACAAUGCUCUCGCUGCAACUUCUACAGAAGUUGGCAACGGCUCGCAAGCUCUCCAUCGCUACCGGCACAUCUUACGGAGGCAGCCGCGUGCUUGCAGCCUUGCAGCAAGACUUUGACGUUGAUCGUAUUGCCGCGUCGUUCAUCUCCCCUCUUCAACUUGAUCCCAGAGAGCUCGAAUUAGGAGUAGAUGGACCAGGCUUGAGCAUUAAGCAGGGCAUCCUGGAUCUGGUCAACACCUCGCUUGAGACUGCAGCAAAUCGUCCGGCUCUAGCACAUUGUCUUUUGGGCUUCCGCUGUACCGAUAGAAUUAUCAGUGUUUCACCAAAUGGCCUGUUCGAUAACGGAGCGUCGUUGUUCCAUGCUGUAAUGAAGCUCUCCGCAGAUACCAUUGCACUGCCAGAGGUGAACGAAUUCGCGUGGCUUUCCUCGAUACGUCGCACGUCCUGUCAGAUAAUCUCGAGACUCCUCCACUCUUCGCUGACCGAAAGGAUUGUUCUGGAGGAGCUUAGGGAGUCUGGCUUCUCAGACGCCGUGGCCAUUGUACAGACACCUAUCAAUGGCGAAAGUCUCUGGGGCAACAGGCUUUGUGCAGACCAAGACUUCCUCAUCUCCGACUCCGCCGCUGUCUUCAAGGACUUCCUGACUCAACGCACCAUGUUCUUUGAAGAAGCUUCUCUGGACAUUCGAGCAACGAUCCAGCGCAACGCCCCAACGCAACGUCAGAAGGUGUUAUCCUCGUUGCUCGGCAUGACUGUCUUGUCUUCCGGCGAACAAGUACAAAACGCAUCAAUAUUCGAGUUGUUCGACUUCAUCGACGUCGAUAUCUCACUGCCCUUCGAGAUGGCCGAGAAGAUCUUCAUCAAAGGACUUGACUUCAGUGCGUGUAGGAUGGACAAAACCGACACAGGGACCGUCUACGACCUCGCUCUUGCUAAAGAGCUGUUGCUUCUCCGCGAAGCCGAUUUACGCAAGAACGGUCUUCUUUCUGAGCCCGUCGCGCAGCAACAAUGCGCUGCAGAGGUCGAUGCUGCUAUGCUAUGCUUGCAAUCAGAAAACAAUUACGCUUCAAUUAUGCUCGCUCAGCGCUCGACACUCAAUGUAUGGGUCAAGCUUGUUUCAAUGAUGCUUGCACUCGGUGACUUCCAAGCUGCGCCGAAGACUGCUUUGGCAUUGCAAGCUCUCCAGAUUGUCCUGCCAAAACUGGACAGGACAAUCGUGGAGGACUCACCCGUCACGAUCCCGCUUGCAAAGCUCACAUACACAUUGAUGCGCGUGCUAGACUCUUCCGCUACAGACAACAACGUGGAAGUAAGUGCAGUGCAUGACAGAAUCACAGCGGCGUUCCGCACUGCGUUGCGUGGUAUCGGUAGUGCUUCUGGCGGCACCGAGCUGCGUGAAACAUGCUACCAAACCAUCAGACACUUCAUCAGAUCAGUUUGCAGAACAUCAUCACCACUUCAACGUCAGACUGCCAAGAUCAUCGAGCAUGGUGGUGAAAGAUUGAUGGACACAAUUUGCGAAGACGUCAUGUCGAGCGCAGGCAGUUGUAGAGUCUCUGCUCUAAUGGUGUUGGAAUCUUGCCUGCAACUGUUUCAAAUGGUCAAGUCGCCAUACCUAACAAAGGCGGUGACUAAGCUCAACUUCACCUCGGUGCUUGUUGAUGGCAUCCGUGGUAUAUCUGGCGAGUUCCAACAGCAGCGUGAAGGACAAGAUAUCGCGACUCUUCUCUCAUAUAUCCACACCGCUCUCUCAGUAUUGCUGCGCAUGUCCCACACCAACGAAGGUGCCGCCGCAAUCCUUGAAGCUGGCCUCUUCAGCGCCAUUCGCGACUCACAACUCUUCGCGACCGACCCAGACAUCGGUCUCGACGUUGACAACGUCGAAGCGCUUGAGAACUUCUACCGUCUGCUUAUCUCUAUGCUGCGUAUCCUCACUUCUUGUGUUGUCAGCAGAGGAUCAAGAAACCAGCAUGUUCUUGCACAAGCAAGAGCUUUCUUGACAGAGAACAGAUCGUGCAUGCAAGGUGUUUUCAAGGCUGCUGUUAGAGAAGGCCCGCAGGUUCGCCCAAGCAUCAAACAGGCUCUUGAGGACCUGGUGGGUUGCUUCAGUGCGCUGAUCCAUGCGACGGACUUUGUAGAGAGCGAUGAAGUUCCCUUGGCUCAAAGGUCUUUGGGUAACAUGUUUACUUAG